AUGGGAGGAAAAAGCAGUCGACUGUCAGUGGAGGCACGGCUGAGCCUCCUGGGCGAGUGUGGCGUGGACGCCGUGAGGCUGUCCCGCCCCCGCUCGGGGGGCUGCUGUGGGAGGGGGAGGCGCUCUCUGGCCUCCUUUACCUUCCGGCAAGGGGCCGAGGGGGGCAAAGCCCCUCGUGUCGGAUCAGGCGGCCAGCCUGAAUAUGGACAAGCUGGCCGCCUUGGACCAGGAGACACCCAUCAGGGUGCACUGCCUGGCAGGAGGCGCAACAGUCUUCUGUCAGGACCUGCCCCUGAGGGACCUCCUGGCCGGACUGAACAAGAGAGUGGGCAGCCGCCCCAAGCCCCCCAAGAGGACCAGGCUGUCCGCGUCCCAGAGGCGGGGCAGGAGGCCGGCCCCGCCCCAGAGGCUGGCCAGGUGGUGGUGGCCAGCCCGGGGCACGAGGCCGGCCACGCCCCUGAGGCUGGCCAGGUGGUGGCGGCCAGCCCAGGGCACGAGGCCUGCCCCGCCCCAGAGGCUGGCCAGGUGGUGGCGGCCAGCCUGGGACACGAGGUCGGCCCCUCCCCUGAGGCUGGCCAGGUGGUGGCGGCCAGCCCGGGGAAGGAGGCCGGACCCGCCCCUGAGGCUGGCCAGGUGGUGGCGGCCAGCCCGGGGAAGGAUAGCCUGGGCCUCCAGAGGAGACCGCCGUGGCAACCGCGAGCGUCAGUACGGCGGUGUGAGCAGAUCAGACCCAGAUCAGACACACAGGUUUCACUCCUGCAGCCUUCACAGCCCGAGGCGCAUCAAGACGACGCCACCACUACAGCCAAGGGCGGCAAUGAGCACUGCCACCAGACCUGCGGGCCUCGUGACAGUCGUGCGGACAGGAAGUUUCGCCAAUUUGCAGAGCAAGCCGCCUAA